GAGAGAGAGAGAGAGAUAGUAUACCGGCGGGCUGACGACGUGAAAGGAAACAUUCAACAUAGGACGGCUGAGCGCAAACACGGAAAAGGACGACGAAAUUACAUUUAAAACAAAGUCCGAACAACAACGACGAGACUGCGCGGUGGGCGGACACACGCAGACGGAAAAAAAAAACAUUUCCAAAAUCAAUUACCGCGUGUCGUCAUUAGUUUGUCAUCAGUCGCCGCCGAAACAAGCUAGCGCGCUAAACAACUUCUGCCAUUUUUAAUUGUAUUUUUUUUUUGGGCUGACUUUGUGUGUCCUGACACACACACACAUAAAAAUAACAAAACAAACAAACAAAAAAAAAAAAAAGUGUCCGAACUGUUCGAGCGAGUUGGCUUUGUCAGGACACAACCUGUAGUAUCUCGGGUAGGAGGAGGAGGAGGCACAAAGAGAGGAGAGCAUCCACGGGAGAAAAAAGACACUUCACUCGCAUCCUUUUUUUUUUUUUAAUUUGGGACAAUCUUCACCAUUUACCUGCAACAAGAGGGGUCCACGGCCGCCACCGCCGCCGCCACCGCCGCUUCCUCCUCCUUACCUCCAUAGAUCCACCUGCUCCUCUUCAGGGGGGUACCUGCCAUAAAUCCUUCUUAGUCCCCUCUUCCGAGCCCCUCUCUCCCGAUGAAGGAGGCCGACGCCAUCAAGCUUUUUGUGGGGCAGAUUCCCCGGAAUCUGGAGGAGAAGGACCUCAAGCCCAUUUUUGAGCAGUUUGGCAAGAUCUAUGAGCUCACUGUGAUUAAGGACAAAUACACCGGCAUGCACAAAGGAUGUGCGUUUCUGACGUACUGUGCGAGGGAGUCUGCACUCAAAGCCCAAAGCGCCCUGCACGAGCAGAAAACACUACCCGGGAUGAAUCGGCCAAUCCAGGUGAAACCAGCAGACAGUGAGGGCAGAGGAGAGGACAGGAAGUUGUUUGUGGGGAUGCUGGGAAAGCAACAGAGCGACGAGGACGUGAGAAGGCUGUUUGAGCCCUUUGGCAGCAUAGACGAGUGCACGGUGUUAAGAGGACCUGACGGCACCAGCAAAGGGUGUGCGUUUGUAAAGUUCCAGGGCCACUCUGAGGCCCAGGCUGCCAUCAACAGCCUGCACGGGAGCCGCACAAUGCCUGGCGCGUCGUCCAGUCUGGUGGUGAAGUUUGCCGACACGGAGAAGGAGCGGGGGCUGAGGAGAAUGCAGCAAGUGGCCUCCCAGCUGGGCAUCUUCAGCCCCAUGACGCUCAACUUCCCCGCCUACAAUGCCUACACGCAGGCGGUCAAUGCUCAGCUCGUCCAGCAGCAGGCCCUGGUCGCCCAGUCAGCGUAUUUGUCCCCGGUGGCGACAGUCGCUGCCGUGCAGAUGCAGCAGAUGGCGGCGCUCAAUGCCAACGGAAUCAUCGCCACGCCCAUCACGCCGUCCUCAGGGACAAACACUCCGCCGACUAUUGCAGCCACGCCUGUGCCAGCUCUCCCUCCUCCAAUAGGUGUGAAUGGCUACAGCACCGCGCCCACCAAUGGACAACAGGGAACCGAGACAUUAUACACCAAUGGCGUUCACACAUAUCAAGCUCAAAAUCCAGCAGCAGCCCUGGACCCGCUACAACAGGCCUAUGCUGGCAUGCAGCACUACACAGCAGCGUACCCUGCCGCCUACGGAUUGGUCGGCCAGCCGUUCCCCCAGCAGCCAACACUGGUUGCCCAGCAACACCAGCAGCCCCAGCAACAGCAGCAACGGGAAGGUCCGGAGGGAUGCAACAUCUUCAUCUACCACCUGCCUCAGGAAUUCAGCGAUUCAGAGAUGCUGCAGAUGUUCCUGCCCUUUGGCAAUGUUAUCUCGGCCAAGGUGUUUGUUGACCGGGCCACCAACCAGAGCAAAUGUUUCGGAUUUGUCAGUUUUGACAACCCAGCCAGCGCUCAGGCUGCCAUCCAGGCAAUGAAUGGCUUCCAGAUCGGCAUGAAGAGGCUGAAGGUGCAGCUGAAACGGCCAAAGGACGCCAACCGCCCGUACUGAGUUACGGCAGACGCGAGGGAGAACAGAUGGAUAAAGGUGACUUUCCCACUUCACCCCAGGUGGAAUUCCCGGAUGUGUGCUUUUCAGACUGCCCGCUGCCUUUGAGCAUCCGCCGAGUGCAUUCACGUACUCUCUCUCUCACACACACACACACACACAAACACUCAGACGCACACACACACACACACACACACA